AUGGAUCCGGACAUCAUGCAGCGGGGAGGAUCCAAACAAAGAGCUGCGAAACGUGCUGCACAAACUUCGCCACCAGUUCCAGAACCCAGCCGAUUGGCGACCCACCUUCUGCGGUCAUUCGGCUGGGGGAAGAUGUCUUUGCCAGAAGUGCAGGUGGUGGCUGCACUGGUGGAAGAAGAUGCAUUGGAGCCAGUCAAGGCCGAGAUUCGCAUACUUGCCAAUCUCGGCUCUCGGGGCCUAUAUCAGGGAAAUCUCCGGAGAGACCUAUUGAGGCACACUCAAAUGCCUGCUCUUGUGAGCAGCAACGUGAACGAUGGUGACAUAGCGAAGUUUUGGCGAGAGGUCGGCUCCUCGCACCCUGCACUCCUGCACCAUCCCGUUAAGAAGAUCAAGAACUACCAAUCCAGAGCGGUACCGUUGAUCCUGCACGGCGAUGGAGUUCCGAUUGACAGCAAGGACAGAUCGUGGUGUCUUCCUGUGGCAACACCUGUGGCAACACCUGUGGCCAGCAUCUGGGGACACGUCGUUCGGGCCUUUGAACGAUGUUUCGAAGAAUGCAAGACGAACAAUGACUUGUUCCCGGUGCUCCUUUUUCUGACUGGUGACUUGGAAUGGUACAACACGAGUCACAGCUUGCCACGGUGGAAUUCCAACUUCCCUUGCGGGCACUGCAACAUCAGCAAAGACAAUAUGUUCGACUACAAAAACGUGGCGGAGGUUCCUGUGGAUCCAUGGCACUGCCCUCGCCGCAGCUGCUGCCCUCUCCUGCGACACCUUGUGAGCCCCAGUGGUGUGAUUCCGGACUGGAUGCACAGCAAGCACCUGGGCUUCGACCAAAGGCUGGCAGGCUCGACGUUGUGGGUUCUCUGCUGGAGGAUCCUUCCUGGCGGAGUAGAGGAAAACCUGGACAAUGUAUUGCUGCAGAUGAAGGACUACUGGCGGCAGCACAAGGGCAAUGGCAUCAACUACAUCACUCAGACCAUGGUCCUGGCUGACCCACAGGAUAUUCACUGCAGAAAGGGAUACCCUCGCUUGAAGGCCAAGGCAGCAGAAACUAAGGGCGUUAUUGCAGCUUUGGCGAGCAUCUGCCAACAGCACCUGCAACAGGACAACGAGGAGCACCAACAGAUUGCCCUGGCUUUGAGUUUCAGCCGCGAUUUGGACCAAAUGGCAGAUGGCAUCGAAGACUGGAAGCCCUCGAAAGAGGUGGCGGAUCGGAUGAUGCUCACGGCCGUUUGUCUCUUCCAGUGCAUGACGAUUUUGAAUAAGUCCUUUCUGGAGCAGGGCCAUCUGGCCUUCCAGUUGACAUUCAAGACACACUGGUUUCUGCACGGGCUGCAGCUGGCGAGGCAUCUUUCCCCCAAGCUGACUUGGACAUAUUCCGGCGAGGACUAUAUGUCCAAAUGCAAGGGUCUCCUCAAGAUGUGUACCAAGAGCCGGACGAUGCUGACUUCGUUGGAUCGUUUCAUGCGGCAGUACACAGAUGCCAUGUCAAUCGAACUGGCAGAGAUCCUUGCACAGCCUGGACCGCCGCUCUGA